UGCAGACCAGCAGCAGCCAUCUUACUUCCUCAAAAAAAAAACUUCAGUCCCAAAGAAAAACAGUAUCAAUCCCUGGGUACAUGGGUGAUCAAAUCAAGGACAAUUAUGGAGCAUUAAACCAAGGGCCCGAGACAGAUGCAAGCGAGACACAACCAUAGGGAUUAAGCGUGAACUGAGCUUUCUGUGACCACACCUCCUGCUGAUCUCCAGCGAGACCGUUGACUCCUCGCUGAGGAGACAUGGAGGACCAAGGGGAUGCUGGGAUUGGGGGUUUGUUGGCACCCAGUCCACAAAGUGAGGCUGUUACCCAUGAGAUGGGCGAGCUGUCCCUGCAUCCCAGCCAGAAGCUGCCCCCCCUCAGCGAGCGCAAGAACGUUCUCCAGCUCCGGCUGCAGCAGAGACGUACCCGAGAGCAGCUCGUAGAUCAAGGCAUCAUGCCACCCCUGAAGAGCCCGGCAGCCUUCCACGAACAGAUCCGCAGCCUUGAGAGAGCCAGGACUGAAAAUUUCCUAAAGCACAAGAUCCGCAGCCGUCCAGAAAGGGCUGAGUUGGUACGGAUGCACAUUUUACAAGAGACUGUGGCCGAACCCUCUUUACAGGCCACGCAGCUGAAACUGAAGAGAGCUCGACUGGCCGAUGACCUGAAUGAGAAGAUCGCUCAGCGGCCCGGGCCUAUGGAGCUGGUGGAGAAGAACAUCCUGCCUGUAGACUCCAGCGUCAAGGAGGCCAUCAUUGAUGGUCAGAUGCAGUACCCCAAAAUUCUAGAAGACUACCAAAUAGAUGAGGACAGCGGGGAUGCUCUGUCACCUGAGCAGCCGGGUAGUCAAGAGUCCCAAGGUUCUGCUGCUUCACCCGGAGAUGUGCGGAUCAUGGAAGAGUCUCCACCAUUGCCCUAUCACCUUUUACAGAAGUUACCUACAGUCACAACCACUUCAACAGCUUUCCUCAAGCCUUUUUCCGCCAAUCGACCAAAGGUUAGCCCUCCUGUGCCCAUGCCACAGCAGCCAGUCACGUUUAUGCCCCCUGUGAAAUCCGGACCCACCCUUGUAAAGCAAAGUCAACCCAAGUUACCCGGAGAUAGGAGCCGCAGCAAGAGGGGCAAGGAGGCCAAGCCACGUGUGAAAAAGUUAAAAUAUCAUCAGUACAUUCCCCCAGACCAGAAACAAGAACCCAACCAAGCCCCGAUGGACUCGUCAUACGCUCGAUUACUACAACAACAACAGCUGUUUCUGCAGCUACAGAUCCUCAGCCAACAGCAACAACAGCAUUAUAACUACCAGACCAUCCUUCCUGCACCACUCAAGCCUGUAAUAGAGGGACAAAAUAGCGGUGCCACAGUGGCUAUCAACAGCACCAGCAACCUUCCAGCCUCCAUCAUGGUUUCUCUGCCAACAGCAACACCUGUGCGGCCUAACAGCACCCUUUCCACCCGCAAGGCUGGUGUACUACCAGCCCACUUGGAGGAGAUGAAGGUGGCAGAGCUGAAAAUGGAGUUAAAGUUACGUGGUCUUCCAGUGUCAGGAACAAAAACGGACCUUAUUGAACGGCUUAAACCUUUCCAAGAAAACCCAAUCGCUUCUGCACCCAACAACUGCACCGGACCUAACACACAGCCCUCCAGCACCCCUAUGGAAUUAUCCAGUGCCACUACAACCCUCACACCCUCCCAGCAGACCUCAGAAAAUAUGAGCUCUACCCCACCCGUUUCCCCUGGUUCCACAGAGCUUCACAGGCGAGAGGAGGCAUCGAUGGAGGCACAGAAUUGUAACAGCAGCAGUGUGGUAAAGGCGGCUCCUGAGGAACAGGACCGGAGGCUACACGAAAAAGAGCGUCAGAUCAAGGAGCUGCUGCGUAAACUGGAGCAGGAACAGAAGCUGGUGGAGGAGCUGAAGAUGCAGCUGGAGGUGGAAAAAAGAAGCGUCGUUCCACCUUUGGAAAACAGCAACAUUUCCAGCGUGGCCGCCAUGUUGGCUUCUGUCAAAACUGAAAGCACUGUCCCUCCCAACUGCACGUUGAAUUCACACACUACACCAACGCUGGUGAAGCUUGAGGAUCCAUAUCUCCACCAAGUCACCGCCACCCCCCUCCCCCAGUUUAUUAUCAGACAUCAAGGGGUCAUAGGACAGCCCCAGACUAUUCUUACCACUCAACACGGGGGAACGCAGAUACUUCUCCCAAUGCCCCUGGCAAAUAACACCACUACCAUCCAGCUGCCCAACACUAAUGUCAAACUACAGUCAGUCUUGCAGGCUGGUGUCUCACCGUCAGGGCAGAGAUUAAUUCAGACCCCCCAGCUGCAACCCACCAAAGCUGAGAGUCGUUCAUCACGGCAGCUAGUCAAUCACAACCACAUAGUUCAGACUCUGGCUGUGGGCCCCAGCGAGGGGUCAGGUUUCCAACACGGUGCUAGUGAGAACCGAGCUGGCCUGGAGAUACCUCAGUGCUUCUUGAGCUGCUCCCCAGAGCAAAGGAUCUCUCCUCAAGUAUCCCCCGUACCGCCCGUUCUUAUAAAUGGGCCACUAAAUAAGCCCCAGUCCUCCUUCAUCCAGCAGUCCUCAGCUUUCAACCAGGCACCCAAAAACAGAGAGCCACCCCGUUACGAGGAGGCUGUCAAACAAACCCGCAGCCUACAGAACCCCACACUUUCAGAGAUUCCCACAGCGACAAGUCAACAGAUGGAUGAUCUUUUUGACAUUUUAAUAGAAAGUGGAGAGAUCACCCCCUUUAGUCAACAGGACCCUUCUGUGCCUAAGAUGAUGCCUGUCACCGCCAGUGUCAUCACCCUGCCUAUCAACACCGCCCUUUCCAGACCGCCCGCCCAGGUUCAUAUGGCACACCCGCCGGCUCUCAUGGAGCCCAUGCCCAGCCUGGCCUCCCUGGACUCUGACAACCAGCUGGAGGCCCUUCUAGAGGGCACGCUUGUCGGGGACCCAGAACCAGAGCAGAGGACUUUGGGCCUGUUGGACGAACUGCAAAACCAGAUCCUGGAGCCGCCAAACUCGCCGAUGGACACGUGCGAGCUGAGUUUCACCGACCCGCCCUUGCCUUCCUCCUCCCUCUCCUUCGGUCUGCAGGACACCAUGGACAACAUGGAGUGGCUGGAUCUUACUACUAUGCCCGGGCCCAUAGGCGGACUCAACCCACUGGGCAUCAACUCUGAAUUCCUGGACACUCAUGACCUGCAGCUACACUGGGACUAAGAGGAUUCACUUUCUGUCCUUAAAACACAUUUCUUCACUCGCACAUCUCGCCUCAAAAUACGCUGUCUGACUGGCGGUCUUGAAGUAAUCAAAAUGGGGAUUUGUUUGUGUUCUUAAAGGGACAGUUCACCACCCUAUUGUUUUUAUUUUUCUUAGCCUUGUGUUCUUCUAAACCUGUUUGUUUCUUAAGUGUAACACAAAAGAACGUUGAUGCUGCUGUCUUUUUAUUUGACUGGUUUGAAACAGCAUAAGGGUAUGACAUCAUUUUUAUUUUUGGGUGAACCAUCUCUUUAAGGCCCACGAUUGAGGUCGCGAUUGGGUAUGUGAUCAACUUUCUUUGAGACAGCUUGCUGUAUACUUAGGCCCGAUUCACAUUUCGCGUCUUUUCCGCGUGCAUAUUCGUUAUUUUUAAUGUAGACACAUCUGCGCCGCAUCGAGGAGGAAAUAGUUCAACUUUGCGGAGUGCCGCGCGCACACCGCGGGUCAUUUGAAGAGAGAAAGCGACACGGCUCGCGUUUUCUGCGCGGUUUUAGAUGCGAAAUGUAAAUCGGGCCUUAUGCUGUGGUUCUAUUCACCAUCUGUUCUUAUUCACGUUAAUGCUCUUGUUUGAUGGGAAUGGGCACAAAAGCGGGUUCUGCUGGCUUAAUCCUGACUGUGCUCUCCUUUUCGUGCCACACUGAGAGGGAGCUACUUGGAGCAGAUUGAAUUUAGCUUUCUUGCUCAUGUCGUGUUUGUUCACGUGCCAUUGACAUCGAAUUGGUUUCGCAGUCAGUCUACAAGUAUCACAACUAAUUUGAACUGAGCCAAAAGUUGGCUUUGUUAGCACAAAAUUGACAGUGACCUUGAGCAACAUCACCAUUAUGUGUCCAGCCUUUCAUUGUGAGUGUCUAUAGAGGAGGAGAUUGUCAGAUUCAUCCUUAGUUGUGACACCUCAGUCAAACUACAUUUCCCAGAAUCCCCAGUUUUAGCGCUGACUACAUUAACAGCAACAGAAACCUAAUGAAGAUUAAAUUAUAUUAUUUAAUUGUUUAUUAUUGUUUUUCAUUAAAAAUAAACACUUAGACAGUCUGCCUCUCUGUGGUUCUCUCUAAGGAGUUUGAAUGACACAUGGUUUGAGACCAGAGAUGGACUGACUCUUGUUUUGUGAAGAUGUUCUGCAAGCUUAAAUGGAAACAGCAGUCGCUGACUUGGUUUGGCUUAGGAUAUUGCAGAUAUCAUCUUUUUAGUCAUAGCCACACAAGGAAAUGACAACAUAGACCAGUUUCCAACUUUAGCCAAGUAAAAGGAAAAAUUUUGUGUGCAACAGACGAUCAGUUCUUCCACUGUUGUUAAACAGUCUGAGACGAAUCCAGUUUUGUGUAAAUACUGAGAACAUUUUUAAAGAAAAAUAGAAACUACUUGUUGGAUAGCCAACCCAUUAUUUGUGUGUAUGUGAAUUGUGAAUCAUUGUCUGUGUGUGAAAACGUUCGUCACAUUCAUAGAAUGCUGUUUGUUUGACGUUUAAUGACUCUAUUAGUUUUGUGCGCCAUACUGUAUGUGUCUGUGUUUUUCAAUGAUUUGAUAUAUGGUUUAAUUUUAGCAUAGUGUACUUUCUAUUUUAAGUUCUCACUCGGUUUAUUUUUGAUGUCAUGGAACAAAAUGCUGAGAGACUCUUUUUGAGAAAUGAUGUAAUUGAAGCCAUCAUAGUUCACACUAAAUACAAUGGCCUUUUCAAUAUGUAUGAACGUCUGGGAUUUUUGUACUGUCCAGCUGUUAGGAAAUGCAAAACACUCUGGAGUUACGUAGCAGAAGUUGAUCGGUUUAGACGGUUAAAGCUGUUACUGACGUCACACUGCAUGUUAUAUGAGAUUGGCAGCUUAAAGGAUUAGUUCACCCAAAAAUGAAAAAACGUUUUAUCAUUUACUCGCACUUAUUCCAAACCUGUAUGACUUUCUUUCUUCUGUAGUACACAAAUGAAGAUAUUUUGAAGUAUGUUGGAACCAAACAGCAUUGGUGCCCAUUGACUUCCAUUGUAUGGACACAAAACCACUGAGACAUUUCUCAAAAUAUUUUCAUAUACAGGUUUUAAUUGACAUGGGGGUGAAUUAAGGAUAAUUUAGGGGUGAACUAUGCCUUUAAAUCGUUUUUUGAGGGUGUCGGAUAACAAAAUUCAAUUGUUUGUUUUUGUUUUGCUUUUCAUGAGUCAUCAUGUAAUGUCUUUAUGUUUGUUUAUAUAUAUGUGUGUGUGCGUGCGUGCGAGAGUGUGUGUGUGUGUGUGUGUGUGAGUGUAGAUCCAUGUUUGUUUUGUGAGUGUCUGUGUGUGUGUGUGUAUGCAUGUUUGUUUGUUUAUGUAUGUGUGUAUGUGUGGUCUGUUUUUUUUUUGUUCUGGAAAGAGUCCCAAAAGAAAAAUGCCUACAGACGUUCCAAAUGAAAUAUCUGUAUAAAUGAAAUAUCUGUAUAAAUGAAAUAUCUUUGCAGCAUGUGAAUAAUCGACUCGAUGUAAUAUCUUUCAGAGAAGCACAUCCUUUUGUCAUAGGUUUUUCUGUUUGUUGUUUUCAGAAUUACAUCUGUACUUAUUUUUCAUGUGCUAUCUUUAGCCACCUCAUGGAAAAUUGUACCGUUUUAUUUCCUGCUCUGGAUGUAUUUUUAACAUUCACGUUCCUUUAAAGCAGGGGUGUCCAAAGUCAGUCCUGGAGGGCCGGUGUCCUGCAAAGUUUAGCUUCAACCCUAAUCAAACGCACCUGAACAGCUAAUCAAGGUCUCACAAAGCAGACUAGAAACUUCCAAACAGGUGUGUUGAGCCAAGUUGGAGCUAAACUCUUUAGGACAGUGGCCCUCCAGGACCGACAUUGGACACCCCUGCUUUAAAGGGAUAGUUUACCCCCGAAAAAAUGCUGUCAUAAUUUACGCACCCUCAGGUUGUUCCAAACCUGUCUAAAUUUCUUCGUUCUGCUGAACACAAAGGAAGAUAAUUGGAAGAAUGUCAGUAACCAAACAGAUGUCAUCCCCCAUGGACCCCCAAACAUCUGUUUGGUUACUGACCAAACAUCUUUCUUUGGGUUUAGCAGAACGAAUACAUUUUUACAAAUUUGGAAUAAUCUGAGGAUGAGUACAUGAUGACAGAAUUUUCAUUUUUUGUUGAACUAUCCCUUUAAGCAAGGCAAUACAUGUUCACUGCCACUCACAUCCAUAUGUGCAAGUUAUGUUCGAUCCAAAGGGAAAUUGAUCCGAUUGUGUCGAUUUAUAUUUUGUUUGUACAGCACUUUCAUGCCGCAGUGAUGAACGGUUCAUCAUGGAUCAAUCGCACGGCAGCAGAGCACCUUUACAGAUGAGCUUUUAUAAAAACUUUUAUCAGCGGUUUUGCUUCUGUCGUCUGUCUGUCGUCAUUAGCUCAGAGGCCUGAGAAUUCAUCGGCUGUGUUUUUAAGGCUUGGUACUGUUUGUUCUGCAUAUUGCCCAAAUUGUGGCCUCUCCAGAAAAGAAAAAAUGCCAUGUGUACUGUAGCGUUAAGGACAGAUCUAGUUAAAACACACAUGUCCGUUUGGAGCCUGGUGUAAUAUAUCAUGUACACCUAUGAAAUGUCUAUGAAAUCUCAGAUAAGUGAAAAAUAUUGAACACCGGCCCUACUAGUUUUCAACAAUUGAUGCUUCUUGUGUUUUAGGGCUUUAAUGGCAUUCAAACUAAACAGUUACCAAAGAGGCCAAAUAUUGUACUAUGCUGUAAUUUUGGGUGGUUAAGAGUCUGUUGAAUUUUGUGAGAACUUCUUUCUUCUGGUGAGACAAAAAGAGGAAUUGUGUCGAUAUAAUAGCACUGUUAUCGAUAUAAAAAGGACUGUUGGAGAGCAAAGCAAUAAGUCAACAAACUUGUGUUUUAUACACAGUGCUGUAUUGUACAUGGUAUAUGCAGUUGAUCAGAUAUCAAAACAUCAACUUGGUCUUACAUCACUUAUUUGCAUGGAUGUUUGUUUUAGCUGAGAACUGCAAACUUCUGCAAAAUGUCAACGCUCAGCUGCUGUCAAGCUUAAGCGCAAGUUCUACUGUAUCUAGCCCUUCCUUCAACAAUGUCUGCUGGACUCAUCUAUAUAACUGUCAUGCCCUUUUUAAGGAUAUUAAUGUAUAUUAUCUAUCAGUGGUGAUGACACUGGGCAAUAUUUACUCCCACAAAGCGGGAGCUCAAUCAUCAUUUGUAUGCCAUUUGUUUUGCACAUUGUGUAUAUAUUUGAAUGGAUGUAAUACAUAUUUUUAUACAUGUU